AGCCAGGGAAACAUUCAGUCGUUGAACGGACUGGUGGACCUCACCGUCCGCGAUCAAACUCCGGCAAAGACCAUCCCUCCCCCCCGGUCGAUCUGAUGGUAGAGUCCAUGCUCACGUUACGCCUAAUCAUCGUGGCCUUCCUGGCGGCAUUGCGGACAGCCUCCCCCACCCGCUCCGAGAUCCCGCGGCCCGGCCCGGCCUGGCCUGACACGACACGCCAUCCUCUGCCUCGAUGGCGGCGACUCGGCUGCCGCGUGUUGCCUUCCUCUGGGGCGUUGCUGCCGUCUACCUCUGCGCCUUCGCCUCGCUCUAUGUGCAGGUCCCAGGCCUCUAUGGAAGGGAAGGAAUUCUGCCAGCUCGCAAGAUGCUGAGGUUCACCGGAAAGACGCUGCUGGAUCAAUUAAAGGACUCCCCGACAUUGCUGUGGUUGUGCCCCUCUCUUGGACUGGACACCGAGCAGGGCAUGGAGCUAAUCUGCCUGCUGGGCAUCAUCCUGUCAUUCACUGCACUACUGUUUGAACCUCUCCGUGACUGUUUUGUCUUUGCCUGCCUCUGGUUCCUGUACCUGUCUGUGUACCAGGUUGGACAAGUCUUCCUGUAUUUCCAGUGGGACAGUUUGCUGCUGGAGACUGGAUUCCUAGCAAUUCUCGUUGCCCCACUAUACCUGCGGAAAUGGCGGACAGCACCCUCAAAGCAUUAUGACAACAUCACCUUCUGGCUAGUACGCUGGCUUUUCUUCAGACUCAUGUUUGCAUCAGGUGUGGUGAAACUGACCAGUCGAUGCCCAACCUGGUGGGGGCUGACAGCUCUAACAUAUCACUACGAGACCCAGUGCAUCCCAACUGCUGCUGCCUGGUUUGCACAUCAGCUGCCAUUUUGGUUUCAGAAAUUCAGCGUGGUUAUCACUUAUGUUCUAGAGAUACCAGUCCCUCUGCUCUUCUUUGCUCCAACUCGUCAUCUAAGGCUCUUUGCAUUUUAUGGUCAGGUUCUGCUCCAGGUGUUAAUUAUUAUCACUGGUAACUACAACUUCUUCAACCUGCUUACAAUUAUUCUGGGAUUCUCACUACUAGAUGAUCAGCACAUUUCUGGCUGGUUCGGAUACAGCAAGACACGAAACACUGAGAGACUAGGGUUUUUGCAGAGACUGCAAGCCGUGGCUGUUGCUGUCGUUGAGCUGUCAGUUCUUGGAGCACUUAUUUAUGGAACUAUUCACUACUGUGGGCUGAGUGUGGACUGGGAGAAAUGGUCAAUUGAAUCAAAAAUAGGCUUUACUUACCAUGAAUUUACACAUUGGUUGAAGAUUGUGACUCCAAUAACCAUCUGGAUUGGGGUAAUUUCCCUCACCUGGGAGAUACUGACCUCAUUGCUCAACUCCCUGAUGACGAGAGGGUUUUUUGCUAAGAUGUGGGCUACCUCUUCAUGGGUCGUGAUUGCCUCUGCUGCUACUGCUAUGUUUUCUGUCAGUCUGGUACCAUACUCCUUUAUUGAUUAUGAAACAAGUUCCAGCCUUCAGCCCGAGAUCCUGCGGCUAUACAAAGUGGUUGACCGUUACGAGCUGGUCAACUCUUACGGACUGUUCCGGAGAAUGACAGGAGUGGGAGGCCGUCCAGAAGUUGUAGUGGAAGGAAGCUAUGAUGGCCAACAAUGGACGGAGAUUGAUUUCAUGUACAAGCCGGGGAAUGUCAGCUUGCCCGCACCUCUGGUGACCCCACAUCAGCCCAGGCUUGACUGGCAAAUGUGGUUUGCUGCUCUCGGACACCACAGGCAGAGUCCCUGGUUCACCAGCUUUGUCCAUAGGCUACUCCAGGGAAAGCCUGAUGUAAUACGCCUAGUGCAAGUGGAUAAGUCCAAAUAUGCCUUCAGCGCCAAACCUCCUACUUACAUCAGAGCCCAACUCUACAAGUACUGGUAUACUAAGUAUGGCACUGGCAGCUCACUUAAAGAUUGGUGGACUCGGCAACAUGUGGAAGAAUUUUUCCCCGCGGUCACUUUAGGAGACCCCAACUUGGAAUUGCUCCUACAUGAAUAUGGCUUCAAGGACAAAGCAUUUCCAAAACGGAUAGUGAAGGAUCUUUUGCCAUCUAUCCUGCAAAUGACUCGUAAGCAAGUGGAGCCCUACUCUGGGGAAUGUGUCAUCUGGGGUCUGUUCAUUGCCGUGAUCCUCAUCUCCUGGCUCAAAGCCUGGAGAAACCGCAAGGCCAAGGGGAGCCGAUUGAAGCCGACAGUGGGGAAAGCAGAAGGGAAAGGUGCGGGUGUUGAUGAGAAGGCAGAUUAUGGCAGGAGGAAGAAGGAGUUCCGGCAGACUGAGAGCAAAACGCAGCAUCCCGCUGAUGAACAUUUACCAGCGAAUGUUCGCAGAAGAAAAUAAUUUUCACAAUCUUUACUGAUUUAUAUUUUUCUAUUAUGUAUCUCUUCCACUCAUUUCUCCAGUUCUGCAGGAAAGAUCAUCUUGCCAGACUGCAUCUCAUACUUGCUGUGAGGUAGAUAUCACAUCUGGCCUAUGGAACAAUUUAUCUUGGGCUACCCCUAGGAGGCAGAAGCAGAUUACUUUUUUUUAAAAAAGUCUUCUAUACUCAUCAGGGGAUGGUUCUCCUCUAAGCUAUGUUUUCCUUUCCUGAAAUCAUUCUUGCAAAUUUUUCUACAUCCUGCCCUUAAUGACCUUGCUUGGAGAUUGGAAAUGGCAAAUGGUUUCUAAUUGUGGGCUCUAUCAUAUAUUAUCUCUAUCACCAUUUAUAAAUACUAAGUGGUGUAUUUAAUGGACAGGCUUAGCAUGUUGACACUGGAUGUCACUAAUGCCGUCUGCAGAUUCUUCUAGGCACAAUUGUAUUGGGAUUAGAUUGUCUAACAAUCACUUUAACAGUCAGCAACAAUCACAAAAUGCUGAUUCUCUAAUCAUGUAGAGUCUAAUGAACACUAUCUUAACAUUUGGUGCCACAAUAGAAUAGCGGUUAGCGCAAAACUAUUACAUCUCGGGCAUCAGAGUUCGGAAUUCAAUUCUGGCAUCAUCUGUCAUCUGGGUGAGUUCCCUCCAAGUGUUCCUGUUCCCUCCCACAGUCCGAAGACAUAACGGUUAGUAGGUUAAUUGGUCAUUGUAAAUUGUCCCGUGAUUAGGCUAGGGUUAAUUGGGGGUUGCUGGGUGGCAUGGCUCAAAGGGUCUGGGAGAGCCUAUUCUAUGCUGUGUCUCAAUAAAUAACUGCAGAUCACUAGAGAUAAUUUAUCAACGAACUUCCUUCUGAGUAGAAACAAGUUGACAUCCAGGUUUUAUUUUAUGAUGUUCUAGGCAUAACUGUAUGCCAAGCCCCUUUUGAACAGGUGAGCGGCCAGUGUUUGCUCUAGUAUGAGAGUUAACUUUAUGCCCAGUAUCCAUUGGUCCUUAUUCAGUCCUGCAGAUGGUGUCACAAUGCCACUUUUUUGCCACCCGGUACAGUAAUGGAUCAGGAAAUCCCAUUUGCCUUUCCAUGACCCAGUCUCAGAUUUUUGGCUCCAAUCUAAGACUGGGAAAUGAAGGGGUGGGUUGGAUUUCUCAGUCCUCGUUCUAAUUGUAUUUCAUCUUAUGGUCACUGAGUCAAUCUGGUGCUGUUUUCAGGGUAGUUUCUCAGUGACAGACCAUGCGCUGUGCUCUAUUGCCAUUUGUAAACUGUUUGAGAGGAAUUCUCAAAAAUUUCACUCUUGCAAUAAAACUUUCCAACUGUAACUAAUCCAGAA